AGCUGUUUUUGCGAUGUUUAUUUUGUGAUGGUAAUCAAAAUUUUUCUCAACAAAGAAAAGUGAAAAAUCGAUCGUGAAAAUUCUUUUAAUGAUUUUCCCAGCAUCCCUUGUGGCUUCAUGUCCGUUUUAGUAUCUCUGUGUCACAUUAAAUUCGAAGUGGACGCACCCCCAGCAAUGAAUUCAGAAGAAACUGCAGAUGGGGCUUGUGCCAUUUCCUCGGACACAGCAAACCCCACUCGAUCUACCCAAAUGAAUCGCGGGCAGCGACAGCCACGGAACAUCAAAGUGGAGAAUUACACAAAUCGCGUUCUCGAAUCUUCGGAUUCAUCUCGAGGUCUCCUUCCUCCGAGUUCCCGAGAAGUCACCCCAAUGGAUGAGACACCACCCCCGAAGGCUGAUGUGCCGGAUGACAUAACGUUUUUCUCUGGGAAUCCAUUUGUCGAAGUCACAAAGGGCAUCAUUCACCUGUACAAGAAGAACGAGAUGACCGACAUGAUGGAUUGCCAAUCGAAAACUCUGUGUUUACUGGCCGUUCCGGCAAUUCUGAGCUGCCACGAUCUCCUGAACUUUGUGGCGCCAUGCCAUUCGGUGAUCCAGCAUGUUCGCAUCAUUCGAGAUGGGUCUCCAAAUCAAUUUAUGGUACUUCUUGAAUUCCGGACAAUUGAAUCAGCUAUUGAGUUCUAUGAGACAUACAAUGGGGUGCCCUACAAUAGCCUGGAGCCGGAUUCCCUCUGCCACGCUGUCUGGGUGUCCAGUGUUGUCUGGGGCUUCGAUGAGACACCCCCAGUUGGGCAUACUGAACUCCCCACGUGCCCAGUGUGCCUAGAGCGCAUGGACGAGAGUGUGGAUGGCGUGCUUACGAUUCUCUGCAACCAUGCCUUCCACGCUAGUUGCCUCGUGAAGUGGGGCGACUCCACCUGCCCCGUCUGCCGGUGCGUCCAAACACCUGAGCUGACUGAGAGUUCAGUGUGUAUGGAGUGUGAGGGAACCGAGGCACUCUGGAUUUGUCUCAUUUGUGGUCACGUGGGCUGUGGAAGGUAUCAAGGGGGUCACGCAUUCUCCCACUACAGGAUGUCAAAUCACACGUAUGCCCUACAGCUGGGCACAAAUCGCGUGUGGGACUAUGUGGGUGAUAAUUUUGUCCAUCGACUGCUUCAAAGUAAAACAGACGGGAAACUCGUGGCUACUCAGAGUCCCGAGGGGGAUGGUGAGGAGAAAAUUGACUCAAUGCAGCUAGAAUUCACAUACCUACUCACAUCUCAGCUGGAUGCUCAACGUGAGUACUAUGAGGAUAAAUUAAGUCGACUAGAGAGUCUCGUAACGAGUGAAACGGAUAAAAUUAAAGCUCACACGGCAAAGAUUACGGAACAAAAUGCAAAUCUUGAGGGGAAAGUGAAGGAAUUAACAAAGGAUAAGGCAGCACUUGAGAAGAAAGUCGUACAACUCACAACAAAGCUCAAUACAAUCUCCAAGGAACUCACGGAUGAACGACAAAUGGGUAAAGCUAUGCAGACAAAUCAAUCUCAGUGGCAGACAAAAUUUUCAACAUUGGAAAAGCGUUUCAAGGAGAUGCAAGUGGAGAAGGAUGCCACAAUAACGGAUCUCAAGGAGCAAGUGAGGGAUUUAUCGUUCUACAUGGAAGCACAGAGUGUUAUUGCAAAUUCAGAGAUUAAGGAGGAACUUGCUUCGGGAACUGUAAUCAUUCCAGAAGGUUCCGCCGGGCAACGGGGAAAGAAUCGACGGCGUAGAAAUUAAAAUUCAAUAUUUAAAUUAUCAUGAAUUUAUAUAGUGAUGGUUGGUGUGUUUCUCAAAAAUUAAGCUUUUCCAGCUUUUCAAUAAAAAAUUCUGAUAAAUGUU